AUUUCAAAAAAUUUCUUUCUUUUUUCCUUAAACUCGAAUCAAAUAGUGGUCCACUAACAAACAAUAGCAAAAGAAGACUCUACAAGUACUUUAGGAAGACUUUGGUGUAGAGGAAGAAAACUGUGUGAAAGAGCAAAGCAACAAUGUGCGAUCCUGUAAUUGGUGCUACUGUUCAAGUUUUGCUUGAGAAGCUGCUUUCUCUCACUAUUGAGGAAGUCAAAAGUUUAAGGGACUGCAACAAAUAUGUCGAUAUGCUGGCACAAAAUGUAUCCAUGAUCCAAGCUUUCAUUCACGAUGCUGAAAGACGACAAGUUGAGGAUCAGGCUGUGGAACAAUGGCUCAAGAGGCUUGAGAGGGUUGCUGAAGAUGUUGAAAAUGUGUUUGAUGAGUUCUCCUAUGAAUCUCGCAGAAGAGAAGUGAAGAUCCGAAACAACCCAAUGAGAAAGGUCAGUGGUCUCUUUUCUCAUACAGCUUUUAAGAUCAAAAUGUCUCGAAAAAUCAACAACAUCACUCAAGAGUUGAGGACUAUCAAUCAGUUAGCCAAUAACCUCGGUCUCCAACCCCUAAUAGUUCCUCCCCGGCAAAUACUAUCAACUCGAGAAACGGAUUCCAUGGUAGUUGUUUCUGAUGUUGUUGGUAGAGACAAGGAUGUUGCUGAAAUAAAGAGGAAAAUGUUGAACGUGAAAGAGAAUGUUGUUUUGUGCACCAUUCCCAUAGUGGGUAUGGGAGGUUUAGGGAAAACAACUAUAGCUAAGAGAAUUUUCAAUGAUGACCAUAUCAAGCAGCAUUUUGAAAAGAGAGUCUGGUUGUGUCUACCUGAAAUGUUAGAAACUAAGAGCUUUCUUGAACUAAUCCUUGAAUCAUUGACAGAAAGGAAACCUGAGGUGCAAAGCAGGGAUAUUAUAGUCAAGAAGCUGCAAGAUGAAUUGGGAGGGAAGAAGUAUUUGCUUGUCCUGGAUGAUUUGUGGCGUGUCGACCCUACAAUAUGGCAUGAGUUUGUGGACACUCUGAGUGGAAUAAAUACAUUCAGAGGAAACUGCAUUCUUGUGACUACUCGUAGGGAUCAGGUGGCAUCCUCAGUAGCAGCAGAUCCUCAUAAGUUGAAAAAUUUAACAGAUGAUCAUUGUUGGUCCAUUUUCAAACAAAGAGCAUUUGUUGAUGGGGAGGUUACAGAGGAAUUAGGGAGCAUGAGCAACAUGAUUGUUGAAAUGUGUAAAGGUCUACCAUUGGCAGCAAGUGUGUUGGGAGGCCUCCUACACAACAAAGAGAAACAUGAAUGGCAGGCAAUUCUUGAGGGCAAUCCCCUUGUUGCAGGUGACGAUGAUAGUGGGGAAAGUAGCUUGAAGAAAAUACUAAAACUCAGCUAUGAUUAUCUACCAUUUCCACAUCUGAAAAAAUGUUUUGCUUACUUUGCAAUGUUUCCAAAAGAUUUUGAGUUUGAAAAGGACCAACUAAUCCAACUCUGGAUGGCAGAAGGAUAUCUUCGCCCAUGUCAAGAGACCUCUGUGAUGGAAGAUAUCGGGAACAGGUUUUUUCAACUUUUGUUGCAAAAUUCCUUGCUGCAAGAUGUUGAGCUAGAUGAGCACAACAAUAUAACACACUGUAAGAUGCAUGGUCUUGUGCAUGAUUUGGCUGGAGAUAUUUUAAAAUCUAAACUAUUUGAUGAGAAGAGCGAUGGUGGAGAAAAUCUUUCUCAAGUUCGAUACUUUGGAUGGAACUCACCAAGAGAUCAAAUAGAUAAGAUAAAUAAGCCAGGACAUUUGUGCACAUUGUUCUUGAGAAGUAAUCAUAUAUCUGAAGAUACGCUAUUGAGCUUUCAGUUCUUGAGAGUUUUAAAUUUGUCCAGGUCAGCCAUCAAGGAGAUAUCAGUCUCAAUCGGCAAGCUUAUACACUUGAGAUAUCUUAAUCUCUCCAACACUAUGAUCAAAGCAUUGCCCAACUCCAUUUGCAAGCUCUACAAUAUGCAAACACUUCGAGUCAAUAACUGCUUUUCACUCGAGGUGCUUCCAGACGAAAUGGGAGACAUGAUAAGUUUGAGGCAUAUAUAUUACAAAUCUAAAUACAAACCAAAUUAUCAUCAUCCUACGGGUUGGGGAGAAUGGUGUAUUGGUAAUUAUCUCUUUCAUAUGCCACUUAAGAUGGGUCAAUUAACUUGUCUUCAAACCCUACAGUUUUUCAAGGUAGGUUUAGAGAAAGGUCGUCGAAUAGAAGAAUUAGGUUUCUUAAAAAACCUUAGAGGUGAAUUGACGAUCAACGGUCUGCAAUUGGUCCGUAAUAGAGAAGAAGCUGGAAGAGCAUAUCUACAGGAGAAACCAAAUAUCUACAAGCUGGCAUUUCUAUGGUCCCAUGAUGAACCAGAAGACUGUCAAAUAAAUGAUGAGGAUGUUUUGGAUGGUCUUCAACCACAUCCUAACUUGAAAAACUUAGCAGUAAUGGACUAUUUGGGGACUAGAUUUCCUUCAUGGUUCAGUGAAGAGUUGCUACCACAUUUGGUCAAGUUGAAAUUAAGUGGCUGCGGAAAGUGCAAAGAAAUUCCAUCGCUCGGCCAACUGAAAGUCCUUCGGCAUCUUGAACUGGUGGGCUUCCACACGUUGGAAUGCAUUGGACCUCCAUUUUAUGGUGUUGAAGUUAACAAUAAUGGAGCAAGAAGCAAUAACGCUAAUAUUCAAGUGUUCCCGUUACUAAGAAAACUAGUAUUGGAGGACAUGCCUAGCCUCACUGAGUGGAAGGGAGUGGAAGUGAUGCCAACUGGAAGUGGUGGUAGAGACGGAGUUGGAGUAAGAAUGUUUCCUGGGCUUGAGAUGUUGUGUAUUAGUAAAUGUCCGUUGUUAAAAAGCACUCCAAAUCAAUUUGAAAUCUUACGUGAAUUAAGCAUUGAAGGAGUUAACAAUGAAAUGCCAUUGUUGAACUUGUGCAGCAAAUUGACUUCUCUCGUUGAGCUUUUUGUCAAUAAUGUGAAAGAGCUCACUUGUCUUCCACAUGAAAUGCUACACAACAAUUUUUCUCUUCAACAUCUAUGCGUCUUAAAUUGCGGAGAGUUUCGUGAAUUUCCACAGAGUUUGUACAGUCUCCGUUCUCUUAAGAGCUUGAUAAUUAAGGACUGCACCAAUUUCAGUUCCAUUCCUGUUCCCAGUGGACAGAAUCAUUUGGCUUCCCUCCAAAGUCUUCAGUUAUACAAUUGUGAUGGAUUGACUAGCUUACCAAGUGGUCUGCUAGAGCAUUGUCCGUCUCUGGAGUCUUUGGCGGUCUACAACUGUAACAACUUAGUUUCCUUCCCUUUUCAUGUGUGGGAAAUGCCUUCACUUUCAGCUAUAGCUAUAUCAGAAUGUCCCAAACUGAAUAGUGUACCCACAGGGGGCCUUUACUGUCUCACUGGUUUAAGGGCAUUGUCAAUAGGUCCUUUCUCAGAGUUGGUGGAUUUUGAUGCAUUCCAAUUGAUUUUUAAUGGCAUUCAGCAGCUAUCGUCCCUUCGUACAUUGUGGGUGUAUGGACGUGCGCACUGGGUUUCUCUUCCCUAUCAGCUUAUGCAACUUUCUGCCCUAACAGAGCUUGGAAUAGUUGAGUUUGGAAUCGAGGUUCUUCCUCAUAGUCUUGGCAACCUUACUUCUCUUGGAAAAUUGACGCUAGUGAGGUGCAAACUUCUAAAACAUGUAGACUUCUUAGAUGCCAUGCCCAAAUUACAGCAUUUGGAGAUCCGUGAUUGUCCAUUGCUAGAAGCUCUGUCGGAUGGGCUCGUCAACCUUGUUUCUUUGGAAGAGUUAAUUUUAAGUAACUGCGAAAAACUACAACAUCUGCCAUCUAGAGAUGCCAUUCAACGGCUCACCAAAUUACGGCACCUGGAAAUUCAUAACUGCCCACAGUUAGAAGAAAGUUGCACCAAUCUGACAAGCCAAAUUACGGUUCCCAUACUUCAGUUUUUCGAUUAAAUUUCAAUGGAAGUGCGAAAUUAUAUGAUCCACAUUCUGGCCUUGUUUGUGUACCAAGCAACCUUUUUGAGGAAACUGAAGUCUCCAUAUGAAACAUCAAUAAACCCAAAGCUUAAAGGGUGUUCAGUGAGAAACUAUACAGGUACUAUGUUGAAGAUAAUAAAAGGUGUACAGGGAGGUGCAAUUGAAUUAAGUUCAUGAGCUGUUCCUGUGAUGUAGCUGUGGAGGUUGCUAUGACACAUUUGGUAGAUCCAAGUCCAUGGCCUAUUUCGGGUUCACUCGGAGCUUUGGCAACAACCGUAGGAGGUGUUAGGAAGGAAGACUCUGAAGAUGACAUAAAAAGAGCUGAGUUGGCAGCUCUGGAGACAAAAUGGAUGUGCAGUAUUAGGUGCACCUUGCUCCCAUGCCAGCCUAGACUUAAAAGUUGUGUAGAAGGAUGCUUUUCUAGCAGUCUCCCUUGGGGAAGAACUGAGACUUGAAUGGAUUGAACAGUUGGAGGGACAUUCAUCCAGUAGGUUGAAAGAUUCUCUACUUUUAUGGGACCAAUGUUUCUAUGGCACAGAUUGGAACAUUGUGCAGAGUGGUGCCUUUGGAGACUCUGAUUGCACAAAGCUGGGAAUUAGGAUACUCGGAGAGCAGGUAUAGGAGGGAUAAUAAGAGACUCUAAUGGAGAUCUCAUCAUGGCUUUCUCAAUAUCUGUUCAAUUCAAUGUAAAAAACGAGGUAGAAGCUGUAGCAGCUAAACUUGGUGGUAAAUGGUGUAUACAGCUAGGCUACACCAGAUUUCAUCUAAAGCUUGAUUCUCUGAUUGUGGCCAACAUGAUUACAGAAGGAUGUACCAACAAUGCAAAGAUGAAGCAGAUCAUUAGAGAUGCCAAAAGAAGUAUCAACUCUCGAGAAACAAUCCUAAGUCGCGAUUGAAGGGUUUCAAACAAAGAAAGUUGCAAAAGACUGCUAUAUAAUGAAUCUUAUACUAGCAAAGAGUGCCUCAUUGGCUCUUAAAAUGUCUUUAGCAAAUAUGUGUUCACCUUAAUAGGUCUUGCUUUAUCCUAAAGCAUCUCUUUUUCCAGUGGUUACUUGUGACCUGUUUCUCCGUUCUCCAAGAAGGAUAUGUGUGCAAAAACUAAGCUUUUACUAUUUCCUGUGUUUCAGAUUCAUGGUUUAAACAAACGGCAUGGGCCUUGUAAAUCGUAGGCUGUAAAAGACUUUCUUAUAUGUGUUUCAGUGUCAUGAUUGGCAAGGGAAAUUGCAUUUCGUAAACGCAUUUGCAUUUGGCUGAAA